AUAGGUUGCAAACGCUAAAUGCAAAUAAAAAAGAAGUGCGAUUGCCAGCUUAGAGGAAGACAAAAGAGGUAGCGCAUUUGACGUACAACUACCUAUGCGCGCAGCUAUCCGUAGGAGAGUUUCUCACGCAGAGCACCGCACCGCUAAGCGCCUGGUGCAUCAUUUGUUGUCCGCAUCGCCUUUCGCGCUUAGAUGUGGGGCACCUCAGUUCCGCGCGCGGGCUGCACCGCUAGCAGCAAGCAUAGGGGCGGUCUCAUCACAAGACGAGCAACUCCACCGCUUGCUGUUGGCCGGACCGCCAGCCAAAUUUGACUUCAGAGCAGAAACUCUACAAUCCAGUCGCCAGUGGGUGGCUGAAAACACGCCACAGCUGCUCGACCUGGUCGAUGACGGUUAGUGCUGGUGUUCUUCGCGCUGCCUUCAAGUCGCUUCCUUCACCAUAAUCCCCAACCUUGAUAAUUGCUGUUUCCAUCUCUGGACCUGCUCUGCAUUUUACCUGCCUCCUAACUUCCAUAGGCCACGCCCGUUGGCCGCAUCCAUCUCGCCCCCGCUCCAGCACACCCUAGCAGCACUGCCUCUCUCCCUCUCCCUCUCCUGGAUACUCUUCUUUUCCCUCUCCUGCACCCAAGCGCAGGCACACUGCUGGUGCUUCCGCGCCCUGCACGCUAUCAAGAGCGCCGCGGCGAUGGCUUCUGCGAGCCCUCGGUGGUGCUGCUGGUGGGCACCGCGCACGUCAGCAGGCGCUCGCAGCGGGACGUGACGCGGGUCGUACGGGCUGUGGCACCGGACGCGGUGGUGGUGGAGCUCUGCCGCAGCCGCUCAGCCGCCCUGGUGGCUCCAGCAGGGGGGGUGUCUGUGCAGGGGGAAGCGGGGGAGGAGGAGGCUGGUGCAGCGGGGGUAGCUGCUGCUGGGAACGGGGCCGGCGGGUACGGGCAUGGGCACGGCGGGUACGGCGGGUUCGUCAACCCCAUGAGCUUGGCGGCAGGCGGCGGUGGCGGCGAUGGCAGUGGCAGCAGCGGAAACCCUGGUGGCGGCAGUGGUAGCGCUGCUGGCAGCGGCGGUGGCGAUGGCGGCUUUCUAACAGCUGUGGCGCGCAGCGUGUCACUGGGCGGCCAGAGUGCGCUGCUGCUGCGAGUGCUGCUGGCGCUGCUGGCUAAUCGUACGGCAGGCGCACUGGGUGUCCCUGGCGGUGGUGAGUUCGCUGCUGCGCAUGCGGCUGCUGAGGAGGUGGGGGCGCAGGUGGUGCUGGGAGACCGGCCGGUGGAGAUCACGCUAAGUCGCGCUUGGGAGGCGCUGUCGCUGCGGCGGAGAGCGGCGCUGUGUUGGGAGCUGCUGCGAGGGGCGGUGGGGCCGCAGCGGGAGGCGCUAAGUGAGGAGCUCGUGGAGCGGCUGAAGAGCGAUGACGCGGUGAGCGCCGCCUUCCGGGAGCUUUCAACCAGGUAUCCGGAGUUGGUCCCGCCGCUGAUAACCGAGCGGGAUCUCUACCUGGCAUGGAGCAUGAAGCGCAGCAAGGCAGUCAACGGAGCUAACCGCGUGGUUGGUGUAGUGGGUCGCGGCCACUUGCGAGGCGUGGUGUACGCAUUGCUUCGAGAUGAGGGCGGCGCGGGAUUAAGAUUUUCUGAUCUGGUGGACGGUAGAAACAACCGCAGUCACCGGAGGGCGCAAACAGCGCAGGGAGUUGCGCGGUUGGGAGUUGAACUAGCCAUUGGCACAGCUGCGUACCUCGCUUGGCAGUCAUUCACUUAGUUGUCAGCUAUGCAAAGAAAGGCUAAAGGGCAGUGGGUACACCGUUGAGCCGGGUGUGUGGUUUUCGAGGCAGGCAAAGAUGCGGACAGGCAGCUUCCCGGCUCGUACCCUUAUACGGCUGUCAACUAUCGUAACACCAGACCGACAGGCGUUUCUGAUGACCAGUCAUAAGAGAGCAUUGAAUAGCGCUUAUGCUUCUUAUACUUCGUGAUGUAUACGAUGUGUAGGUGGUCCUUAACUUGUUUUCACCCUUGUACUUGAGUCGCAGUUCUUUAUACCGGGAACUCGGCACAGCUACAUUUGUGGUAUACCAAUACAACAUUAAGGACCAUGAAGUCAGGAUUGCUUCGGAUACCAAAGGCCUCCGGGGGUCCCAAUGACGACGUCCGACUGCCAUCCUGGACAUCCCAAAGCAGUGAAUGCAAUGGCAGCCAGAGCUCCGACUGCAGUAUUACUGUCAGCAUGAGCAGCUUACUGUCCAACCCUCUUGGCGCAUACGAGGCAGGCGACAUUCCGUCGACGCUCGCCUCGCCAUUGUCGUUGGCUGCUGCAGCGGCCGCGCUCGCAAAGGCAGGCAGCAACUCGAACCAGGAUUGCGCUGUUCAUUACAUACAUGACAGCAAAAAGCACGGCUGUCAAGAAAGCAGCUUUGGGGAAAAUGUCGCUGUGGAUGCGGACCACCAAACGGUAAACCUCGAACCCGCCUCAUCACCAUUGCCGCUUCAUAAACAGAUACACCAUAAUGUUCAACAUCAGCUAGCCGGUGCAACAUUUGUCCAGCAUAGCGGAUGCCCGCGUCCUAACGCCACUACAAUUGGUACAUCCAUUUCCUGCUGGGACGCCUCCACGACCAACCUGCAAGGAAAACAACAGCCUCAGCCCCAGCAGCCGCUACUACAGCACAACCCUACCAACAACCCCUGCGCCUCCUCCUUCCUCUCUCCCAACCCCAAGCGCCCCGCCUGCUCUCCUGCAGCCCCUCACCGGCCCCACCGCACCGCUCUAGGCAGCAACAGCCGCAUCCUGCCCCUCCUUCCAGCGCUCGCCUCCCGCCCUGGCCCCGCCUCGGACCACCUCAUCCCCACCGUCACCGCUACCCGCCGCCCAGCCACCGCCAACACGCCACCCAUGCCCGUGCCAAAGCAGCCGCCCGCAGUCUGCCUGCAACGCCGCCGAGCCGCUGCUGGCGCCAUGCAAUGGUUCGACCCACCAUCGCCGGUCGACCGGCGCCCGCGCCCCACUACCGGCGAGUUCGACAUUCGGG